UCAUUUCCUAACCUCUUUUGUAACAUGUCAUGUUUAUUUAAUUUAUAAUGUUUUAAAGUGAAUUUCAGUCCCAAAGGCACCAAUAGUAACGUACAAUAGUUAUGAUCAAUAAAUAGAUAUUAUAACGCAUUACAAUGUGUUUAAUUGUGGAAGUUAUUUUGCCAACGAUACAGACAUUCUUACUGCUCUUCUCGUUACGAUUUGGUUGCCUUAUCAUUCUUGCUUGGACUUCUUUCAGAUCAUGGUUCGGCAUAGUAUUCUUCUCUUCAGCGAUACUGGAAGUGUUGGCACGACGCAAAUCGCCGCUGCACAUGCUACUCUUGUGGCCGAAAAAGAAAUACAUUUUUGAUGAAAAUUUCUACCUUAUUUACUACUUAUAUGUUGCCCUACUAGUUGUAGAGGCGAUACUAUUUAUGUUCUGUGUUAUUUAUUUCACUUGGGGCUUGUAUAAGUUAAGAUCGCGGCCACUACGACAGUAUCUGAUCUGCCGCUGCGUCACAUGGCUGGCCGAAGUACUACUGUUGUUGGCGUUGUGCCUCAACCACAGGAAGCUUAUAGGCUGGUACUUGGUCAUGUUGAUGUUUGUCAUUCUGGAGUUCUAUUCGUUGAUAACUGUAUACAGUUACUACGUGACUUUAACGUCAGAUGAAAUUGAUCCUAGAAAUUAUCCAGAGAAAGUGCAAAACCUUUAUGACCUAAGCACAAAGUCAAAAGGUAGCGAAGGUCAAUCUCAGACAACAUCUCUUGUAACCCACUACUAUCGCCGUUAAAUAUGGUAAUAUCCGCAUUAUUCACAGGCGCCGUAUCUUGGUCCCUCUACAAAGUAGUAAUGUACGUAAAUUCUGAGGUUAAACCGAAUCCGGA